GGUGAAGUGCAGAGAUUAUUGAACGGCGCCAGCCGCGCCAUUGAUACUCUCUCUCCUCUCUCUCUCUCUCUGAAGAAGAAGAAACAACGAACGACAAGCAUUAACCUACAUGCAAAACACAUCAAUGGCGUCUCUUGCUUUGUCUGCUUCAACUUCAUAUUCUCCUUCAAUCUCUUCUCGACGCUCUUUAUUCCAUCGAACUUUCUCCCCCAGAUAUUCUCCUUCUCAUUUUCUCUCCCAGAUGAGAGUCAGAUGUGAAGGGAAGCCAUGUCCACCAAUUCUAAAUGGGAAAACAUUCUAUAAGUCGGUUCCUAGCAGAAUUUCAGAGCUUGAGAUUAACAAAAACAGUAGCAAGUUGAAGAUAUUCUCUGGCACGGCAAAUCCUGCUCUUUCUGAGGAAAUUGCUUGUUACAUGGGCCUCAACUUAGGAAAGGUCAGCAUAAAACGGUUUGCUGAUGGUGAGAUCUAUGUUCAACUGAAAGAAAGUGUUAGAGGAUGUGAUGUGUACUUGGUCCAGCCAACCUGUCCACCAGCUAAUGAAAACCUGAUGGAGCUUUUAGUAAUGAUAGACGCUUGUCGAAGGGCUUCCGCCAAAACUGUAACUGCAGUAAUUCCAUAUUUCGGAUAUGCUAGAGCUGAUAGAAAAACACAAGGGCGUGAAUCUAUUGCUGCCAAACUUGUUGCGAAUGUUAUAACAGAAGCAGGAGCAGAUCGUGUUCUAUCUUGUGAUCUGCAUUCUGGUCAGUCCAUGGGCUACUUUGAUAUUCCAGUAGACCAUGUGAGCGGUCAGCCUGUGGUUCUUGAUUAUCUUGCUAGCAAGAGGAUUAGCUCAGAGGAUCUAGUGGUAGUCUCACCCGAUGUUGGAGGUGUAGCUCGAGCUAGGGCUUUUGCUAAAAAGUUAUCGGAUGCACCUUUAGCCAUUGUAGACAAAAGGCGUCACGGACACAAUGUCGCUGAGGUUAUGAAUCUAAUAGGUGACGUGAGAGGAAAAGUUGCGGUUAUGGUGGAUGACAUGAUCGACACUGCUGGUACAAUUACCGAAGGUGCGGCUCUGUUACAUGCAGAGGGUGCCAGAGAAGUCUAUGCUUGCACAACUCAUGCCGUCUUCAGUCCUCCAGCGAUUGAAAGGCUUUCAAGCGGCCUAUUUCAAGAAGUCAUCAUUACAAAUACUAUACCAAUGGAGGAAAAGAAUUACUUUCCUCAAUUAACAGUUCUUUCGGUUGCAAACAUCUUGGGGGAAACCAUCUGGCGUGUCCAUGGCGGUUCUUCUGUCAGUAGCAUCUUCCAGUGAUCUUAAUUUUUUUUUCAUUCUGUCCAAACGGGGAUGGAAAUAUUUAUGCUAUUUUUUUUUUUGGCUUAAGAGGAGUUUAUUUAAGAAUAGGUUGUCAAAAUCAAUAUUCUUCUCUAGUCUGAUUCAAUCAGAUUUUGAUAAUGAAUGAUUUCUAGGAAGUGAAAUAGGAUUUAGUCUUGACUGUGAUUGUGUAGUGAUUGAAUUUUGUUGGCAAACUUAGAUUAUUUGAAUGGUGAACUUAUCAUAAAUUCAUAAAUCAUAUGAAAGUUUGAUUUCUUUUUCUUUUU